AUGCAGGGUGUGUCGUACAGUCGCUUAAAUAGCCCGGUAGGGGAUGAGCAGGGCCUGAUCAAGCUGAGACGUGAAGGUCAACGAGAUUUGCCUGCCGGCUUAGGGGACGUAUCCGUUUCGAGCUUGGACCGAGUGUCGAAAUAUUAUCUCGACUAUUAUAAUGAUCGCAUAUGCAAACUCUUCAUUGUCUAUGACAGUAACCAAAACCCAUUCAGAAGCCUGAUCUCUCUUGCCGUAAAGGAUCCACUCCUGCUCAGUGCGGUUCUUGCUCUCGCAGCAAGGCACAGAGCGAAUGAAGCUCAGACCUUUAAUGGCAGUGAAGCACCAGUCCCUUGGAUGGAUAAUGCUCAACAAGAUGCACUUGUGUUUAAACAUCAGGCGAUACAAGGCCUGUCGCAAACCAUCGGUGAUCCAGGCUCUUGCAGGACAGAUUCAACCGUUGCGAGCAUUUUCCUCCUCAUCUUUCUUGAUCUGGUAGAGUCAGGAAACGAUAGGUGGAAUGUCCAUCUGGAAGGCGCAAAGGCUCUAUUGUCCUUGAGCAAGUCGUUGUCACAAGUCAACGAUCCCGGCCGGACAGUGCAGGAAAUAAGGAGCUUUAUCACCAAGCAGAUUUACCUAAUCGAGACGCUGGGUGCGACGUUUGUACGACCGAAUCUACUAUCACAAUUUCCUCCUGCGAACGAAGUAGAAAUGGGCCCAGAUACCGCCGAACAGUCAUUUCUCGGCUGUCCGGAGCAGCUUCUCAACGCGGUCCAAUUUUUCUCUCUCCAACGAGAUCUUGCUAAUGCCGGACAAGGGUCAGACACUUGUAUCCGCAACAUUUCUUUCAUGGUGGAAUCCGUCCGCAGCUUUGAUAGCCAUUCCUGGGCUGCAAAUCUCCCUCAGUCCACAGGACGUGCUACCCGCAAUCUAGCGACUCUUGCCCAGUGCUACAAGCUUGGUGCUCUCAUCUACGGUCAGCGAGUCCUAGAUAUGCUUCUUGAUCAAGUCACCUCCCAAGAACAGGUGGUCAAAAACCUCUUUGGCACCAUCGAAGCACUCAACGAGGACGCCACAUUGUUCAAGUGCAUCCUGUGGCCCAUUUUUGUUGCUGGUCUUGAGUGUCGCUCCUUGAUCGAACGAGACUUUGUCACGCGAGCUUUGGAGAGGUUCUGGACGGUCACCCGGUGUUUGAACACGGUCAACGCUGGGAAGAUCUUGCAGUCAUACUGGCAGACUCAGAACUGCAACGAGAACAGGCUCUCGAAUUGGGUACUUGAUAUAGGACAAUUAGGGGAGGACUGGCUACUCAUUUGA